GUGGUUUUUCUGUGCCACACUUCACUUCAUUGCUCGCCCGCUGAAUCGCAGUUCGCAGUUCAGUUUCGUCGUUAGCUCGCGCGCGCGGUUCUGCGUUUUGUCCAACCACGAAAAUAGGCGAUAACUCAUCACCAUUCUCUUUCACAUUUACAACUCUUUCACAUACAUCCUCCCUCUUCUUCUUUCGCCAAGACCACUCUGUGAGAGACAGUUGCCCCCGGAUCGGACACCUUUCCUGAGUUUUUGGACACUCAUCACUCACAUUCAGAGUUGGGCGUAUUUUGUUGUUAAAGAUUUAAAAAAACAAGAAAGAAAAGAUAAAGGAAGAGACAAUUUUUUGAAGAAAACAGUUUUAAUUAAGUGUCAGCGUAUAAAACUGAAUGAUUAUAAAAAUUUGUUAAAAUCUGUGCACCGAAUUACCCAAGUUCUAUGUCGCAUUGAAUGACGUAAGAGAAAAAAAGAUCCUCAAAAAUAAAGAGAGACAAUACUGAAAGAGUCCUUCUGUGUGUCAAAAUAUUGUUGACUUUUCUUAUCUGUUUAUCAAAUCACACCUCGCGAGGAUAACGGAGGGAAAAGGAGAAUAAAGGAAAAAAUUGUGUGUGGUGAUUGAUCGAAAAAAAAAUUCAACAUCAUCGAACAUUGACAUUCAUAGAGCACCAGAGUUUUCUUGUUUUUUGUUCCAUUUUUAAUAUUACUUUUUUUUUGUUAUCCUAAACUUUGACAUUUUUAUUCCUUCGCUCUGCUGUAAGAAAAAAAGAAGGAGGAAAAAGAGGAAGGAAAAAUUUUUGUUUUAAGUUCUAUGCGAGAUAUUACAUUAUCGACACGCUUGCGCAUUUGAACAUUUGAGAGAGUCCGUCACAGAAGGCCCCCACCUCACCCAUACACGCAUAGAGUUUAAUAUUUUGUCAAGAGAGCACAACACCAAAUAUACGGCGAGAAAGAGAGAAGACUAUGUAUGUCUAGUAUUGCAAAGAUGGCCGCCGACGCUGGAAUGGAUACAUGCCCGAGUCCAGAAAUCGCGGACUCCAGGAAGAGGCCCCUCGACGGAGACAGCGAAAACGGAAAUACCAAGAGGUCGCACUUUAGCACGGGUGAGUGACAAUGCAUUGUGCCCCCCACCCCCACCCCCAUUUACCCAUUCAUUGAUGGUUGUUGUUUAUGGAAACACAUUAUUUACCUUUAUUUAUAUUUUAAUUCUUUUUGCCGCAAAGUCAUACCUCUCUUCGGCCCACAAUGUGACAUUUAUGACCAAAAAAAUGCUAUUACUCUCAAAAAUUGGGUUAACCACCAUUCCUGUACACACAGCUCUCUAUCUCGCUCACUCUUUCCUCCCCACUCCAUACACACUCGCAUUAUCGUACACUCGUUAAUUGUCUCCUAUUACGUACGCCAUCCAACACACAAACACUCACACAAACAUACAAACAUUCCGUCGUGCGAGCGAGGGAGAGGGGAGGAGGAGAUAACAGAAAAAAAAACUAAUAAGAUGCUGUAGUAUGUAUCUUUCAUAUUACAUUCUUUUUUUUUCAUCUUCCUCUCUGAUAUUCUCUUCUUGCCAUCGUAAACAUUUUUUGGGGGGAUCUUGUGGCUUCUUUAGACAUUAACUCUUAAAAUAAAAAAAAAUGUAUCCACAUUCUGCCACAUAUACCUACCUCAUUGUAAAAAAAAAGCAUUUCAGCAGUUCCUAUGAACUUUAGAAUUUUCUUUUAAAAAAUUACGCCAAAUCCAUUUUUUGAUUUCUCUGCAUUUUAAUACCAUUUGACAAAAAGAAUUGUACAAAAGCAUCAAUCAGAAUUCAUAGUGGGGGAGUUGGGUGGUUCCACGCACGAAAAAAUCGCAAGGAAAAUGGAUAUUUUUGAUAAAAUGUGAGGUUACGUUUGAUUUUAUAUCUCCAUCUCGCUCUGUGGCGAUGAGAGCGCAAUUUUUGGCGGCAAAGACACUGCAAUGGGACGAUGAUGAACCCCUUGACGUGAGCAAUGGUGUCGCAGUGAGGAAAGGACGCGGAAGUGACAUAGAGGACAAAAGCGCGCCAAAGGUGUGAAGUACAGUGCUGAUGUUCCAAAUUGUGCGCAAGUGGUGCAAUGGAAUAGUAGAGUGUGAAAUAAUAAUAUAAAUUGUGUUACCUACCAUUUUAUUAAAAGAAGAAGAAGAAAAUCACAUACGAGGUAUUUUUGUGUGCAAAAAAAAAUUCUUCAAAGAAAAUCAUUGAGAUUUCCUGGGGAUGCAGCAUAUGCAGUUGCGCAGAGGAUAAUGCAUCUGCAUGAGAAUCCAAUGGAGAAAAAAAAAAGUUAUUCUCCUCCUAACUUGAGAAUCACUACUGCUGUAUGACCUCAGAAGGUUACCUCUCUCUCCACUUCUUGCGACAAUUUUUCCUCGGGCAUAGACCGCAGUGAAAAUUCUCUGCUGACCUAUUCUUCCAGGCGAAUGAAAUAUAAUCGAGUGCUUCCAAUUAGUAUCAAUUGCUUGAGAAACCCGCAACCAGUUGAAGUUAUUUUAAUUUAUUCCAUCUCACUUUAUUCACAGUAGCUGUCUCGUGGCUGCUAUGUAUGUUCCUUAACUUGGGGCCAGAAGAUGGGUGGGCUGGGUUGGCAUGAGGGGGGAAGGGGAAUCGUUCAUUUAUCUGAGUGUUAGUGAAUGUUUUUUAUGAGUGUUGGAUGAAAGAGUGAAUUGUGGGACCAACACGGAUCUUAUGUAAUAAGCACUACUUGGUGUAAUUUCAAUACCAAAUACGUUUAUUUUUGCCAGCUUCUCUCCUCACAUGACUCAGGAGUUUCUUCUCAUGUUUUCAGACAAUUCCAAAAUACAGGUUUUCAUUGGAAAAUAAAUCAAUUUUCCCUCGAAAUUCUUUUCUUUUCUCUCCCCCGAAGAAAAAAAAAACGCGCAACAUUCCUCAUUAGUUUGAACGAAAGAGUUUGAUAUGGUGUUCUUUUCUUCAUACAACUGCCUGUGCUGCUGAUGAUUCUGAGAGAGCUUUUAUGAUUUACUGCGCUCAAAUGGAACUCCGCACAUACAUACAUAUGAGCUUGAGCAUAAUAUUUAUUUUUCUGGGAAUUGCCACACGUCUUUCUAUUGAUAAUUGAGCAGAUAUUCUUAUCCUCAGCCUUAUCGCAUGCCUGAUAAAGGGGAACUCAUGAGAUAGUACAGAAUGUAUAAAGUACAGAAUUAACUUGGGAAUAUAUAGGCUGUUAUGUGUUAUUCACAAAGCAAAUUAUGAUGUAUGUAGAGAGUUAUUUAAGAUUAGAAGGAAAUUCGUGUGAGCUAAAGUUGCUACAAAGGAGGCAAUAUUGAAACUUGUGCAGAAGAUUAUAAUUUUCUUGAAUUAAUAUUUUACUGGAGGAUACAUAAAAUUUAUGAUUUUGCUGUACAAAGCAUAAUUGAUUUUAAAUCUGAAUUUAUGAGUUUAUGCAAGAGAGAUUAGGCACUAUGAACGAUUAACAAACAAAAGGUAGAAUUCACUACAAAAUUCCAUUUAGUCUGUUUCUCAAGUCAGGGUUAAGUUAUUUUUAGAUCAAAUUUUAAUUUGUUAGGUUAAACUUAAGUUUUUUAGGAUCAGGUUUUUUAAGUUUCAAAAUUAGGUCAGACUGAAUGCAUUUUUCGAUAAUUUUUCUAGUUAUGAUGCCCGAAGACGAUCAAAAGAAGCCUGGUUUAAAAAUCUUAGAUUAAAUAACUUGAGCCUAGCUUAACAAUUAGGGCUAACCUUGAAAAAAAUUAGGACUAGCAUUAAAAAACUAGGCCUGGUUAAAAAAACUCAGUCCUAUAUCUUUAAAAAUUAAAAGCUUUAUGCUUCAUAAUAAGGGCGUUCUAAAUUGGUCUAUUUCAAGCACUAUUAUGCUCCCCACUUUAUGAAACUUAUAUCGAAAACUUUUUUUAUAAAUGAAAUCUUUGUUUUUAUUUUCUCUCAAUUUAUUCAACUUUCAUGAUACGUAUCACAAAUAUAAAGUCAGUGUACCCCACUUUAGAAUAUCUAAUGAAUGUUCUCUCUAUGUUAGACAGUAUGUUGCGGUUGUACAUUAUGUCCAUUGAGUUAUUUUUGCUAUUUCUCUUGGUGUGUGGUUAUUAGAAUAAAAAUGUUGAGCAAUAAAAAUUUCAAUGCUAAACCCACGAAAAAUAUUAUGCCCAAAAAAAGCGCAAUACGCGCUGAAAAUUGAAAGAGAAACGGACCACGAAAAACACGGCUUGUAGGUCAAACCUUGGUGGACGACGGUAAAAAAGGCAUACACGUACAAAAUGUAAAAAAAUGUGCAGAAUUGAAAAUAAUCACAUUAAUAAUCAUUUUUAACAGUAGUUGAACUUCAUAAUUAUUGCGUUGUAUAUAUUAUGUAAUUUCCCAAUGAUGUUUUUCCUCUCGUGGCUUCCUCGCAGUUUGGUUGAAGAGAAAAAAAAACCAACGAGCGGAGACAUUGAAUGAAAAAUAUUCACAUGACUUUGAUGGUAUUUGUGACAGUUUCACAAUUUUUCAGCGAUUUUUCUUGCAAAAUCACGUUCGCGGAGAGGAAAUGUGGUCUAUACACCAGAGAAUUGAAGCCUUCGGAAAAUUUCUGAUUAGUUCUACACACCAGAUUCGUUCUUUAGUGCGGCGUUUUCACAGAAAGAGAGAGGGAAGGGGUAUAUGUUUUCCGUAUUAUUUCCCAAAGUUUGUACCCAUUGUUCCAUUUUGAUUCUCCCCUUCACUACACUAUCAAUAUAUGUAUAUGAAUUUUCUCUCAAUUUCCCUUGCAAUAUUUUCCAAGUUUGAAUUUCACACAGGGGCACGUUUCUCAAUAUGGCUUUUAUUCACUGCCACAAUUGUAUGUACGUGCUAUGCCACGUUGAAGUGUUGCAUGCUCAAUUUUCCAACUACACACAUUUCCUUAUCAGUUUUCUAUAUAUUAUAUUUUCUCCAAAGUACAAAAAGAGAUUAUUUGUAUGACGUUGGUCUUAAACUUUGUGCAAGCAAACAAUUAAGCGAAUUUUUUGCAGUAUUAUUUCUUCAUUGAACUAUUAUGUGGAAUUUUCCUUGUGGUGAAAAUUCAAUAAGGUGAUGAAUUUAAUGAAAAACAAUAAAAAAAUUAGCUUUUCUGUACACAUGUCACGAAAUUACACUUUAUAUGAUUUUAUUCAGAAGCUUUUAACCCUUUUAACAAUUCUCGUAAUUUAAUAAAAGUUAUUUUAUUGAUUUUUAUCAAUUUAAUAGUUUUCACGGAUUUCCUUUAAAUUUUCUUGAAGGGGUUUGAAAGAUGCCAAACUGGGGUAAUUUUGAGUAGUUCUUUUUGAGUUUUAAGAUUUCAAUGCUUUGGAGCUUUUAGCUGGAUUUUCUUUAAAUUCAACAAAAUACAUUUUUCUGACCUUUAAUCGAUUCUGUAAGCCUCAAAAAGUUAAGAUUCUACUUAUAUUAUAAAGGAUUGAAUAGUCUAUCAGGCAAUUUAACUUAAUUUAUUAAUUUAAUUAAAAUUAUUGCAAAAUUUAACUUACAAGAAAGCUCAUUUUUUUGUAUAUUGUCUCUAAAAGCUUGCAAAGAAAGUAAAAGGAAAAUGGAUUUUUCCUUAUAAAUUUUUCAACUUAAUUUCAAUAGGUAUAAGCUCCUUAUAAUAAUUUGACAUUCAAAUGUUUUUCAAAUUGAGCGAUAAUAGAGAUGUUUCUUUGCGUUCCACCGGACGUGUGAUUUCAAAAUCAAUAGCUCAAAGGUAGAAUAAAAAGAGCGAGAGAGAAAAAAACACUUAAAUUUACCAACAAAGCAUUUUAUAUGUAACUCAAUUUCUCGAUAUCGACACAGGUAUUCCAUAUUAGCGGGCGGGAGGAGAGGAAAAUGAAGAAGUAGAAAAAAGAAAAGCGUGUAUGUGGCAAAUCCGUUGGAAAUGUGGGUGGGAAAAUACAGAGAGUGUCACGAGGAGUGGAAGAAAACGUGAAUGUAAAAGAAAAAACAGUCUAAAAAUAUUUAUCAUAUUGUUUGGAGCUGUAUUCGGUCGACUCUCUGGGUUUUCUUUAUAGAAAGGAAAAAUGUUCUACCACAUUUAGUUAAUUCUCCAAAGGGGACUUGGCACAGUGUUUUUCUCUUCACUCUCUGGGUGCCCUAGUAUAUAUACGUGCUGUAUAUUAUGGUGGAUAAGUGACUAUAGAAACGGCAUUUGUGUCUAUAGUCAUCUAUUUUGGUACUGCAGUGAAACAGUGAAAUGCUUCCAUAAUAUUGAUUUUACGUAAUAACGCAGCUUUUUCUUAACGCUUUCCUUCCCAAAACAUCAAAAAAUUUCAUUUUGCCUCCAUCCCGCGAAGAAGAGCACAUAAGAAAGCACUUUAAUUUGUUGAUUUCUCUCUUUGGUUUUAAAUUUUUGCAAUUUGUCUUUCAACAGUUUGGAUGAAGAGUUAAUUUUUGCUCGGGGUUUUAUGUUAGGCAUACUCCCCUUCCCUCGCGCCUUUUACUAAUUUGUUUUUGAAACAUUAAUGUAGGUAGGUACCCAAUUUGUGGGGGAAAUUGCCUCUUUCUAAGCUUUCUUCUUCUUCAAUUCUCUCUAGCACGUCUUCACCGACAUUGAGAUUUGACGGAUUUGAUUAGAGAUAUUUUUUACUUAAUUGAUUUUUUUUCUCCGUUAAAGAGCUUAUUGAAAAUCUUAUAGGAAAGUUUAAAUCUCUUUUCUUCAGGCACGAUUUAAAUAUACAUAUAAAAGGGCAAGUGUCAAGUUAGUUCAAACUUUUAUCGCUACUCUGUAUUAGUUUCAAACAAAAUACUCUACUCAUGAUGCUCAUACAUUAUUAUGCACAAAUUCUGUUGCAUUAUAUAUAUUGUAACUUGUGCUAUAUACAUUCAUAUUCAGUAGGGUUGUUGAGGAUUGUUCAUAGUUGGCCGUCAUGCUGUUGGGAAACAUUGAAAGUUUGAAUGUACAAGCAUGAGAAUAUUAUUUUUAGGUAUGAGAAAGUAUUUAAAUUAUAUUAAACUUUGAAGGGCAGCAGACAGCGGGUGAAUGUAUGUAAUUGAAUUUUACAUAGCAAAAAAAUUUAUCUGGUGCAUUUAUGCUGUGAAAAUAAAUGAAUUCCUGAUAGAGCUUCCGGGAAAUUUCAUUAAAAUUAUGUUAAGUAGAAUGAGAAAGUUUUCAUAAUUUAUUUUAUAUUAUUUUUCAUUUUUUGUUAGUUUAUUUAAUAAAAAUGAAAUUCUAUAGAACAACUUUUUUUCAAUCAAAAUAAUUUAAGGAAUAACAAAGAGAAUUUAAAAUUAAAAAUUGAAUUGAAUUUUCCUUCUGGUGCCAAAGUUUUUCCUAAAGUUUCAGAAUCUAUGUAAUCCUAAAAUUUCAAAGUGGAUUUGCAUGUUAAAUUUUAACUAUUUUAUACACACAUAUAGCACACUUAAUGUUCUUUAUACAUAUUAUGCAAGAGGGCUUUAUUUCUCAAGCAUAUUCUAUGUGUGUAUACGAAGAACAUGAUAACUGCUAAUUAGCCUAAUUUGUAGCACCUUGGUACAUAUUCUGUACACCUCAGACGUGACCUUUGAAAAUGGAUCUUCUCAAUUAUGAAAUAUAUCAAAUUUUCUGCUGCUAGUCCUUCAAUUUUCCCCAGCGUAGAUUAGACAGAGAACGUGUACCGCAACAUUCUCUAUUUCAUUGAGGAGUCGUGAGAUGAGUGUAAGAAAUGAAAGUAAUAUUAUAAAUUUUCUUUCUUGAUAAACUGGUUCGAGUAAAUUCUCUUGAAGAAUUUGAAGUAUAGUAAGAAAGGUUAAAUGGGUUUUUUCUUCACCCUUCACUUGCAUAAUGGAUUUCAAGAAGAAAAGUUCUUUGGCCACAAUUUGGAUGGAUUUGCUGCAAUUAUGCAAUGAGGCCUCUUUUUCGUCUCGACCAUUGGGUUUAUAUUAUUAUUUCACAGCUGGAUGUAAAAGUCAUCAGUCAGUGUUUCACCUCAAUUUUUCGAGCGUGUUUGUCCACAUGCGGAGCCCACAAAGUGUGUGGCAUGGAAAUGUGAUGAAGAGACGAUGAAGACGUGGACAUGAGUGGUGAGGAGCAAAAAAUAAUUUUGGUAUGAGUAUGUGAGUGAGAGACAUUUGGUCAUCAUCAUUUAGUCAUGGUGGGACAUACCACAUUAAUUUAUAUUCAGAUUUGGCCAAAGUGUGGCCUCCACGCACAGGUAAAAAUCGAGGGGGAUUGAUUGGUGUGUGAGGCACCCAAAAAUUACGCGACAAUUCAUUGUAAUUCGACUUUUUGGCUUGUUGGUGUGCUUAAUAAAUUAAAUUUGUCUUUGCGCCGAGUGUCAACAUCGAUUUUUCAUUUACACCUCUCCUCACUCCAUCACUCAAGGAGCAAUUCAGUCUUUCUUGCCUUUUUGCCUAACGUGUGCUUUUUUUUUGUUUCUCUCCCCAAACCUCUUAUGUGAACACGAAUUUUUUUGUGUGGCUUCCACCACUUAUCAAACCUUCUGGUAUAACGACGAUAUAGUUGAUUAAAAAACAAUGUUUUUUUCAACUUUGCCGAAGUUCCAUGAAAAAGUGCUUUUAGUGAGUGUUUUGUAAUAACAGACAAAUAGAGUUUGUGACAGUUUUUUUCCCGAAUGAUUGGUGUGGUUUCUUCUUAAUUUCCUUUCAAUUGAUAAUUAUCGGCGGGGGUUGAAGCGAAAAGGGCAGACGUCUAUACAUCAAACAACACUUGUGUCAAUGACAAAUAACUGUGUCACACACGCCUCGAUAUUUUACUCGUUCCUAUUGGGAAAAUUCAUUUUCUUCCUCCAAAGUUAUUUACACCAGAAGUUUUCUUUUAUGGUGUGUUUGCAUUUUAUUGCAUUUUUUGUGACGUUUUAUUUAAAUUAAAUUUUUAAAUUUAAGUUCUAACACACAUUUUGUGAAAAAUUUCCUCCAUUCUUUAUAAUCUCUUCAUUCAUUUAACUAACCCUUUGGCUGUGAAAAGUGCGUCUAAUGUGAAAGAGCUUUUUGAGCUUUUUCAGGUGAAAAAAAUGUCGUGUACAUAGAAAAAGAAAUAUUCUUGGAAAUCGUAUAAAAAGCUUCACUUUAGUGUGAUUUUUCCUGAAGCUUUCGCAAGCUUGAAAUAUUAAUUAAAUACAUAAUAUCACGUCAAUUUACCUAACCCUCAAUGUUCAAUUAGAAAUUAAACCAACACAGUGCGGUUUUCAAUCAGUAUAGUGUCUCGAAAUUUUGGUUGGAAAGUCGGUUUAUAGCUUAAACAGGAAGUUUCUUCAAGUGAUGGUUUCCACGAAGGAAUACAAUACACAGACACAGAGCAUUUCCCAAAUAUUAUGUACCUAUAUAAAAUAUUAUAGAAAGCCACAAUUCUUAGAAUGUGUAGAGCGGUUAAACAGUUCCUUUAGGAGUGCAAUAAAUUAAAACAACAAGAGGCUUAUCACAUGCAAAUAAGAUGUAAUUAGUUAAAUUUAGUUUUUACGACGCCUUUAUCAGCACAGCGCGCCAUAAUUAUUGCUUUAUAUUUUAUAUUUUCUCAUUUAAGUUAGAAAAACCUCAUAUGUGGGGGAAUGUGCUUUUAUAAAAUGAUUUUUCAUUUACCGUGUAAUUUCCGACGUGGGAACAAAGAAAUUUGAAUGUAUACAUAUAUAGGAGAGUGCAGGUGAACCCCCUUAAGGGGUAGAAGCAAUCAAUAAUUUGGGGGGUAGAACAAAAAAACAAGGUGAAUAAAAAAUGAAGAAAAAAAUCGAACAGGUGGUGACACAAAAAUUCCUUGAGCUUUUCUUCCCAUUCCUUCCGCCACUCCGUUGAAGCUUUUAUUUUAUGGGAAAACGUGUACUAUAUGUUCGUGCCUCGUGGUGCUUUAUACUAAUUUAAAACCUCAAUUAUAUUUCUCUCUAUACGGUAGUUUUCAUCAGCAUAUGGGGAGUUUAGUGUAGGUACAAGGACAGUCAGCACGGUGAAAAAGAAGCUCUUGAGAAAAUUUCCAGUGAUUUGUGGUGUGAACACCGCGAGAAAAGCUAAUAAAUCGGAUAAUCCACAGAGACAUAGAGUUGCCAAAAAAAUCACAUCACAGCCUACAAGAAAAACCACGCGCGCAAAAAAAAUCAAAAUCAUCUAAAACGUUUACAAACUUAUAACAAAGUGAUUUAAAAGAAAAAAAAACGUAUAAAUCCUAAAAGAAAAUCCCUCCAUUUUGAGGCAUAUCUUCAAGAAUAAAAAAAAUCACAAAUUAGUGUGUGUGCUUGUGUGACCUUAUUGCGUUGUUUAAAAAACAAGAAAAUUUGGAAAUAAAAGCCUUGAGAGAAAGUCAAAGAGAAUUUGAGAGGAAGAAGCAAAAAGGCUAAAUAAAAUUGCAGAGAAAAAGAAAAUUAAAGAAAAACUAAAUUCAAAUGUUAAAUAGCCAACCACAAAUUCAACUGCUCUCUCAAAAAGCAACCUCUACGAGUUCUUCAAGUAUCACCGAUAUCUUCUACUUUGAUGAUUUGUCCACGGCCCUACAGGAGACACCGUGCCAAAAUGGAUCGCCAACGUCUUUUGCUGCUGUACAGCAGCAAUUCAAUCAGCAGACGGAAAAGCAACUCAAUUUCCAGCAUCAGUACCAGCAAAAGUUGCCCACUUUUGAUAAACCCGACAUGAAUACUUGUGAUGCCACGUACCACUUUAAGACUCUCGUGCCAGCUGUGGCGGCUGGUGCAAUCAUCGGCAAGGGGGGCGAAACCAUUGCAACACUGCAAAAGGACACUGGAGCCAGGGUGAAGAUGUCCAAAUCCCAUGAUUUCUAUCCAGGAACAUCUGAAAGAAUUUGCCUGAUAACGGGCUCAAGUGAGGCAAUAAUGACAGUGUUGGAUUUUAUAAUGGAUAAAAUACGCGAAAAACCCGAUUUGUCGGCCGAAAAGUCCGGCGAUACGAAACAAGAGCGUGAUAAGCAAGUAAAAAUUCUCGUGCCCAAUUCAACGGCCGGCAUGAUAAUCGGUAAGGCUGGUGCUUUUAUAAAACAAAUAAAAGAAGAGAGUGGGUCUUACGUACAAAUAUCGCAAAAACCGAAGGAUGUAACAUUGCAAGAGCGCUGCAUUACAAUAAUUGGCGAAAAGGAGAACAAUAAGAUGGCAUGCAAGAUGAUUCUAUCGAAAAUAAUUGAGGAUCCCCAAUCGGGAACAUGCCUAAAUGUCUCCUAUGCCGAUGUUAAUGGUCCAGUGGCAAAUUACAAUCCAACUGGAUCGCCAUAUGCCUCGUCGCAACAGAAUGCGAUAAGUUCAAGUACGGCGUCGUUGAAUUCGGCGCUGGGUACGGCUGUGACUGGAGCUGGUUUGCUUGUUAAUGGCACUGGCAUUAAUUUAUCAUUGAACUUGAAUGCACCCAAUCCAGGUCCAAAUCCAUCAGUUACCACCCAACUUCUUGAUCACAUUAAGGUUGCCAUGCGGAGUUCGGGAUAUUCAGAUUCCGCCACGACGGAGGUGUGUGCUGCUCUUGGGGUGCUGGCCAAAUAUGGUGUUCUAGGUGUGGGGGUUGGGCUCACGCACGCAAAUGGUGCCCACCCAGCCACAACACCAACACUCAGCUAUCUCGGGGUGUCGGCGAUCGAUCAAUCGGCGGCAGCUGCGACAAGUGGUGGUGUUUUCGGGGCAAUUGGCCAGGUGAACCUGGAUUCGUACAUUGGGACAACAUCGCCCACACCGAGGACAUCACUUGAACGGUAUGAUGCUGCUUUCGAUCCUUUUCGGCAUGCGGGUUCCCAAGCAGCAACACCAAUUACAUUAAAUAAUAAUAGUUUCGGUUUGGCGACUGGUGGUGCAACGGCUCAAACACUUGGGGCAGCUGCGGCGCAAACGCUGGGAUCACUCAGCAAGAGCCCCACACCAGGCGACCUGGGUGCCAAGGACUCCAAAAAUGUAGAAAUUCCAGAAGUAAUUGUAGGCGCGAUAUUAGGACCCGGUGGUCGUAGUUUAAUAGAAAUUCAACGUGCAUCCGGCGCUACGAUUCAGAUAUCAAAGAAAGGCAUGUUUGUACCAGGAACUAGGAAUCGCAUUGUAACCAUCACUGGCCAACCGCACGCCGUCACCUUCGCACAUUUCCUUAUUGAGCAAAAAAUCUCGGAGGAGGAGACCAAAAGAGCGCAUCAAAACACACUGACGCCGGGUAUUAUGCAAUAAAAGUAAUAAUAAGACAAGAAUCUUCUUCAGUCUGUUGUACAUUUAUGAAUUUCACGACAAGUCUAUGUUCAUUUCGUUUUUUUUUUGUUCUUACUUCUUUUUAUUUCGAGAUAACAAAACGUCUUAAGGACAAUACCAAAAAAAGAAUGAAAAGACUCUUCAGUUAGUGAAAUGUGGCAGUUUAGUCAGAGAGGAAAAAAUCAUUUUUAAUUUUUGUUUUUCAAAAAACAAUUCAUAAAGAAAUCUUAUUUAUUAAAUUCACAACAAUGCUCUAUAAUAAACUUCAUUGCACCCAGUCCUUCCGUUAUCUCGUAGUGCAAAAUCAAUUCAAAAUGAAAUAAAAAUCAUCUAAUAUCAGAGAAAUCACAUAAUGUUGAUAUUUUUUUAAAAAAAUAAAAACUAAAACGUAUAUAGAAAGAGAAAGAAAAGAAGAAAACCAUUCUCACAUUAAAAAAAGGAAAUUCUGUGAGUAAAGACUUUAUACAAAGAGAGUAACUUAUAUUUUUCAAUAGAAUAAUAAAUUUGUCGAUGAAUAAGGACUAUUUAAAGAGAAGAAAAAAAUAGAUUUUAAAAAGAAAAAGACGAAACAGUGCUGUUGAUAAUUGUUAUAUUAUUAUUUUUAUUGUCAUAAGGACCGUGUGAGAGAUAACGCGAGCGUGAAAGCCCUAAGAAAAAAUUACCAGAAUUUUUUAUAAAUUUUACUAUAUUGAAAAAAACUGAAUGAGAAAAAUUUUAUUUUUAAAAAAGAGAAAAUAUCUAAUGAGAUGUUUAGAAUGUGCGGGAGAUAUUAUAUAUUUUUUGUUAUGUAGUAAUUUUUGGUAAAUUUUAGUACACGUGGUUGUAAAUAUUCAUGUUUCUUCUACAUUUCCUUUUAGUGCAGAAACGAAGUUCUUUUUUUUUUAAUUUUCACCUCAUUGUAUUUUAAAUACAAUUAAAAAUAUAGUAUAUUGUUUGUUAAUCAGUCGCAAAUAGAAACAUGAUACGAGGUAUCUUUGAGAGAAAUAAAAAUCUAUUUUGUUAUUCUUUUAUUUUCCAUUAAAAUUUGUUAAAAACACACGUGACAAUUUUUUUCCGGAAAAACUGUGGCAAUAAACUGGAAAUUGAUGAAAGAGUUAAUUUGAAAAAAAAAAACAAUGAAAAGCUUUUCAAUUUCGUAGCGAGAAAAUAAUGAAAAAUAUUUUUAAAAUUCUGUCAAAAUGUGAAAAGCAAUUUUCCAACAUUUUUUCAAGUGAGCUUCCUUCAUUGAAUUUUCAGCCCUAGUUUAUAUGGAACACAAACUCACAUAGUUUUAUAUUUCCAUCACUUGAACUGUGAUUGGUUGCGAUUGUCGUAUUUUCUUAAAAAAUCAAAUUUCAUUUCGAGAAUUAUCCAUUAAAUUAUGAAUGUUGAAUAGAAGAAAAUCUGAAUAAGAACUUGUUGAAAUAUUUUUUUUUAUUAUCUUGGUAUGUCUCAGGCAUAAUAUUGAAUAGAAAUGUUACCAUUAUUUCCAUUAAAAAAGAUUUUAUUUUUACAAAAAAAAAUGCAGAAGAAAUAGAAUGAAAUAUUUUGUGUUUAGAUUUUUAUUUUCUUUUGGGGGGAAAAUUGUUUGUAAAACAAAACUAUAAGAUGAUAAUUACUAGCUAUUAUUACUAUGUGAAAGAAGAAGAAAAAAAUAUUAAGAGAUACAACAGGGUUUCGCUAUUUUAGACUUAAUUGUUAAAUCACGUUUUAUCUAAAUGAAAAUAAUAAAAAAAUAUACUACCUACAUUUAAAUUUAAAACAGAGAAAGGCCACUAAAUAAAUCAAUGACAAUUUAUUUACCUUCUCAAUUUGAGGGGAAUUCAACAUUAAAAAUUUCUUUCGUCACUCAAAAUAAACUUUCAAAUUGAUUUUCUUUCAAUGUCAAAAAAAAGCCCGCAAGAGGAUCAAUUUGUCGUUACGAAUUAAAAAAAAACGUCGCGAAAGUGAAAAACGUGUGUUAUAUAGAAUUAAAAAAGAAAAAAUAUAAACUGGACUGCAAUUUUUUUCUCACACAGUGCAAUCCAAGAAGAAUCACAAUGAUUUAAUUUUCUUCUAAAAAAAACUGAGUGCCAUUAGGGGAUAGUACAGUGUUGUUAGUUGACGCAGUGAGGCCAUUUUUUCAUAAUAUAAAAAAUACUAAAUGCAAAUUAAAAGACAUUUUUGCAAUAUAAAAAAAAACAACUUACGAUUUACAAUAGAACGCCUUUUGCGGUAUUUUCUCGCUUUAGUAACAGAAAAUAAAACACUUGUCGUAGUUAAAGGAAAACAUGUUAUUUUAAAUGAGAAAGAACUUUGAGGAUGAUUAACUUAAGAACAAAUUCAUUCUUCCACAAAAUUGUCCUUUGUAGUUUCUGCAAUUGCUCGUGCAUUGUGAAAAAAUCUCCAUUUGCUUGUACUUUGCAUAAUGAAAUUUCUCGAAAAACUUUUAUUGCUGCUGCUUCUAUUCACACAGAUGGAAAGAUCAGAGAAUGAAAAUAUGCGGAAAAUAAAAUAAUUUUGAAUUUUGUUACAGGAACUUCGCUUUAAAAAUAAAUUUAAAAAAUUAAGAAAAGUUUAAUGUAAUUUUUUCUCUUUACAAUAUAAUUCUGAAAGCUUUUAUUUUCAAUUUAACUGAGGUUCUUCAUGAGGUAUUGCAGAUAAAGAAAUUUAUUGCAAUAUGAAAAUAAAUUUAAAAAUGUUUGAUUCAAUAUAGUUCAAACAGACACAUUUUAAUAAAAUUCCUUAUCUAAAGUACCUGAAGAAGGAAUACAGAGAACUCAAAAUCCACUAAAGGAAAAAAAAACAAAAUACAAUUUUCCAAAGAAAUGACACAAAACCUCCCGUAAUCCAUCUUCAUCUUCCGUAUCAAAUUAUUUAUUCCAGGAAGCAGGAGAGAAAAGUUAUUAAAUUAAACUUCCUUCCAUUUAGCCCUGCCCUGAGUUUGAAAUUGCAAAGGCAUCCAAAAAUGAAAUUGGAUCUCUUUUAAAUUCCAACCAUCAAUUGGGGUGUUUGUCCUAAAUUUAAACUUGGGCGUGUCAUUUAAGUCUCUUGAAAUUCUCCCUCAAUCUUUGACCCAAAAUCCUCAAAAUGAUUUACUAAAAUAAAACUACAAAGGAAAACUUUUAAACAAUAUUUUUAUGGAGAAACUUCAAAAGAGCUUCUUCGUGUAAAAAUGCGCGAUUUCCGUUUGUGAAAAAGUUCGCAAAAGCUCUUCAAAAGUCUCUCGAGAAAUGCAAGCAAAAGAGAAUUUUUCAACAAGAGAACUGCAGAAAAAAAAAUAUAAUAAAAUUUCAACUCACAUCCUCAAAGAAUUUUUAAAUAAAAAUCUCACGCAACGACCUAAUUAAAGGAUUUAUAAAUCUCUAUUAACGUAACAAUAAAAUAAACCUCCUCGAGUCACUGUUAAAAACUCUCGCCAAAAAAAUGUUAAAAAAAAGUGCGCUGCAAAGUAAAUGAUUAAAAAAAAUCCCAAAUCACAAAUCUUAAAGAUUAAGGAAAUGUUUAUUGAUCUGAAAAAAAAAUCUUUAAAAUUUCAAUUAAAAAAAUGUGUAAUUAAGAAAACAUUGAUGGUACAAGUUCCAUUUGGGCAAGAAAUAUGUCUUUCAGAGCGAUCUAAGAAUCUUCACAAUGCCCUGAAGUGUUGUCUAACAAUACUUGAGAAGCUCACAGGGCUGCUUAAGAUGAUGAAAGAAAUAUACUAAAAAAGAUAUUGACUAAAAUAAACAUUUAAAAAAAUAUUAAUGAGAAAAAGAAACAAUAUGAAAAGUAAGUUAGUGUGUUAAAUUAAUGUGAGCUGGAAAUUCUAUGAGAAAGGUGAAUGAAAAAAAUCUUUAACUGUAGAUAGAAGAAAAGAAAAUGUUUAUCAAAAAAACUUUUUUAAAAAAAGAAAUCGAAUUUUAAGAUUUUUUUCUUUCGGUUAAAAAUUAAUUUUCUUUCACAACGCUUCAAUAUUUUUUUCGGUUAAUUUUUAUCAAGAUUAGAAAAGGCGAAUAGUGAAGAUAAUGAUAAGAAAUAGUGGCGGGAAAAGCACGUUUCAUUUGGCGCAGACAAUCGAUAUUUUCUUUACGCACCUGAAAAAAUUCAUACUUACAGGUAAAAAAAAAAACAAAUAGAAAAAAAAGAAGAAAAAGAAUGAUUUAUCGAGUAAAAUAUGCUACAUCCUCAUGUAUUCGAUUGCAGUGCCGUCCAAAAAAAAAAGAGAAAAAGAGAAGAAUCGCAAAGAACUCAUUUAUCUUCAUCAUUUUUUUUCUUUUAAAAAUUAAUUUUUAUCAUAAUAAAUAGAAAAAGAGAAUUUACGUGUAAUGAUUUAUCACGUAAUUUUUAUCCAAGGACACUAAAAUUGUUUUUCACUUUCCAAUGCGGAUACACGGAGAAUCUGAUACAAUUAUAUAAUAAAUAAAUAGCAAAAUUCCAGUAGCGUUGAAAACUGAUUAAAAAAAAAAGAUUUAUAAAAUAUAAAAUGCCUUCAAUUGAAAUUGAUGAUGAAAGAGAUAUUUAUUACAACAACAACAACAAAAACUAUUGACGAGAUGAAAUAAGAGAAAAAAAACAUUUAUUGUAUGGUAAUUUUUAUUAAUACAAAUUAAUUAAAAAUAUAUAUUAGAAACAGAAUACAAUAGAGAAAAAAAAACAAAAAAAUAUAUAAUAAAGAGGUGGUGAAUGAAACAAGUAAUGGCCGAUGUGCAAAAAAAAUGUACCUUUAGAUGAAGAGAAAAAAAAAUGAUAAAUCACGUUUUAACUAUUAAAAAAGGAAACAUAUAAAAAUUCUAGCAUUACUCUUAAUCACACACAUAUUAUUAAAAGAAAAAAUCUACCAUUUUAGCUGAUAAGAGUGCAAAGAAAAAGAGGAAGAAAACUUAUAAUCCAGCGUUGGCAUAUAAGAAUGCGCCUGAGGAAAUCCAAAAAGUUGCCACGGAAAGUUUGAUGAGACAAAAACAAUCUGCAAGAGCUUCGCGAAGAAUUAUAAAUAAAUUCUGAAAAAAAAAUAAAAGCAGAAAAUGCUCAGCAGAGGAAAAUUGAGUUGUUGUAAGAUUAGAAGGAUGCUGAAAUCUACGUAAUCUUUCAAUUACUUCAUAAAUAUACACUGAGAAAGGAAGAAAAUCAACUCAAUUUAGAGAAUAAUAUAAACACGUGAAUUGCAAAUUUUUAAAUGAAAACAUUUGCAUAAAGCACAUGAAAUUUUGCUGCGCUCAGAUGGAGCUUUUGCUCCAUGGAGUGAAAUAUAAAAGUAACAUUGUUGUGUACAGUGAUGAACAAUGUUGUUUCUCUCUCAAAGUUUUGAAUUUGUUGGAAAUAAAAGGCUUUUGUAGUUGAGCUAAAUUUGAAUUAAUUAAAUUGACUUUAAUCUCUUUUUUAAGGGUUUGGUUAAAUGUUCAAAUUUAAUUUUCUUUCAGUUCUUCUGGUUUUCAAACUGUUGGAUAUUUUUUUCAAAGAGAUCAACCAGCAUAAUGAUUUAAAGAAAAAAUCAAAAGAAAUGAAAAAUUGACUUAAUGCUUACUCAAGAACUUUCCAAGUCACUAGAACAAUAGUUGAAAGGUCAUUAAUGAAGAAAAAAGCUUUUAAGGCUUUUGAAAAACAUACUUUCAAUCCAUACAAGUCUUUUUUCCGUGCCACUAAAAAGUUUCAAUUUUUUUUAAAUUUAAAUUUAUUAAUUAAAAAUAAAGCUUUCAAAGGUAUAAAAAGCUUACAAAAGCAGUAUAAAAAAACAACAGGGAAGCAAUAUCCUUCAUCACUGCACCCCAACACAUGCUUAAAAAAUUUCCACUAAACUGACAAUUAAUUAAAAUGAAAAAAAAUCGUUAUUGUGUAUAUACAUACAUAUAUAUUGUUAAAUAUAUACAUAAAAAAAAGAAAAAUAUAGAUUUUGAAUGUUCUGUGAUAUUCAUUCACAUACAUGCAUGAAAAAUACGGUUAUUUAGAUGAAAAAAAAAAUAUGAGAGAAAUAGAAGAAAUUCACUAAUUUUGAGAAAAACAUUUAAACAGAAAAAAAAUAUUUUCCUUCUUCUCCAAAAAAAAACACUAUUUAAACAAAAUAAAGAAAAAACACUCGAAAAUAUUUAUUGAAAAGAAAUAAAACAAAACUUCAUGAAAAUGUAAAAAAAAAAUCUUCUGCAAAAGUAUUGUGGUAGAAGUUUAAAGAAAAACAUGAAAAUAUAAUGAAAAAAAAUUCAAGACAUUUAUCCACGUUCUUCUUCUUAUAAAUUAUAUAGAGAGAAAGUAUUUUAAUCCCCAAGAAAAACCAUUCGAAAUAAAACAAGAAAGAUAAAAAAUGCAAAGAGAAAAAAAAUCCAUAAAAUCACAAAAUAUUAAUAAAUAGAAAGAACAAAACUUUUAAAUAAAAAAAAUGAAAAUCUAGAACUUGUAGUGAACUGAAAAUAAAUGAAAAAAAAUACAAAAAAUAGUGCGUGAGAGUAGUAAAAGAAGGUAAAACAAGGAGAAAGGAAAAGUUAUUCUUCAAAGAAUCAUAUUUUCAUUGUCAUUUUAGCUAAUAUAUUAUUAGAGAGAAAAGGAAAGAAAGAGAAAGGUUUUAGAUGUAUAAUAAAUAUUAAUAAAGAAAAAUACGGAAAAAAACAAUUAUUAUUGUGUGUGAUUAGCGUGUGGUUUUACGAAGAAAAAAAAGUAAAAUUUAUAAUAUAUUUUUAAUUCUGUUCUCACCCUAAGAGAGAAUAUUUUUAAUAAAUUUCAUGCACAGAGUGCAUUGAAGAAGUCAUAUUAUACUGGUGGUAGAAAUUAUAAAUUCUGUUUUCUAAUUUUUCUUUUCUAUUUUUCAUUUUCUCUACCUAUUUUUUUUUUUGUUAAGCUUCUCGUUAAGUUUUCCCAUCUUUAUCUUGCAUUAUGCCUAUAGCAAGAUUUCUCUAUUUUUAAGCUCCCUUUUUGUUGUGUUUUGCUGUAGGGAAGAAAACAAUAAUGGUGUUAAAGGUUCCACUUAUUUUUCUUUAUUUUUUUAGACUUAAGUUAAAAUGUGUUUCUUAGAAAUUUCUUUUGAAGUUAAAAAAAAGAAAAGAAGCGAAAAGAAAAAUUCAUGAAAGGAAAAGCUUACAAAAAAAGCUUGUUAAAGCUUGAAUCCCCAUAGGAGGGUUUUUCUGAGUAACCAUUUAUUGUUGGUGUCUUGUGAAUGUAUUAAGAAAAUUUUUCAGAAAAAAAUCAAACUCAUUAAAAAUGAAAAAAAGAAAAAUUGCCGAAUAUAUUUCUUUAAAUAAAAAAAACCAUUAUGAAGUGUAUAUAAUUUUCAUAUAUAGAGAAAAUGUCAUUAUAAAAGAAAACUUUAUAAGAAACAUUCAUAAAUGGCUUCAUUCCAUCAUUAAAUAAAAAAAACAAAGAGAUAUUGAAAAGUUAUUAAACAUGAAAACAGAUGAAAAAUUAUUUAUUAUUGCAAAAUGUUAAAUGAAACAUACACAAAAUAGAAAAAAAGAGUCUAUUAAAAUAUAUUAAAAAAAAACUAAAAGUAAUCUUUAAAAGAAAACUUAUUAAAUUUAAAACAAAGAGUAUAAACAAGAUUUUGAAAAAAAAUAAACUCUGUUACCAUUGAAGAAAUUUUAAAUUAAAAAGUCAAAAAAAAAAACAUCCAAAAGCUGAUUAUAGUAAAAAAAAAAACAUUCAGCGUAAAAAAAUGAGUGAAAAAAAUUAUAUUUUUUUCCAAAUACAUUACAUUGUUGUAGUUAGAAUAUUAUAUAUAUUAAUGAAAAAAAACAAUAAAGAAAAAAUAUAUAAAAAGACGUGCUCAGAUAAGAGUGAUGAAGACGCUAAAAGAGUUGAAUGAAAAUCUUAGGAGAAAAAAAAAAUAAUUAAAAAUAUAAAAACUAAAAUGAAAGUGAGUGGGAUUAAUAAAUGAGCUUGCCGAUGAGAGUGAACAUAGAAUAGACAAAAAUUCGUAUGAAAUAUCACAAUGAGUUCUUCACCAUUUCAACAUUAAGAAAAAAACCCCUUAUCAUGCAAUAUUACUUUUUUUAAUUGCGAAUGAAUUUCGAGUAAAGAAAAAACAAUUAAGAAGAAAAUUCUUUCAUUAGUCUCACUAUGAAUAAAUUCCUGUUUUGGUACAAAAUUAUCACAAUUUGUUUUUUAAGAUCAUCCAAAAUUAACGUUUCGUAUCGUUCAUGAUUCAUUGGUAAAAAAAAUGAAAUGAUUUUGUGUAAAAAACAAAAAACACAUUAGUAGUAAAUCCCUCCGAAGAUGGAUGAAAAAAAAAGAAAUCACGGGAAGAAAGGAAAUUAUGAAAAGUUGAUUGUUGACAAUGAUAACAUGAAAGGUUGAGAGGAUUUAAAGAAGAAAAAAUAUGGAGAAAAUAAUGAAUGAGACAUACUAUUAUACAUUACAUUAUACCAGAGUUGAAAUCACAUUGUCUAUAUUACAUUAUCAUGAAAAAAUAAUAAAAAUCAAGGAAUACAAAACAAA